CAAACCAUGCAGGGAAGACUCGUGAGUUUAAAACUCAAUAACCAGAGGACUCGAACGCACGGAUAUGUUGCUGCAGCGCGCUAUUUUCUCCCCACUCUUGUCUCCAUGGAGGGGUCAAACCUCCGCCAGGAAGAGGACCUUAAUGCCUCCUCGCUUGGCCGCUACGCUAAGAAACAACUCCGGCCUCCGAGAUGUCAAGGAGCGGACGCUCGUUGCUGUUAAACCAGACGGCGUCCAGCGUCGCCUUGUGGGACAGAUCAUUCGUCGUUUUGAGCAAAGGGGCUUCAAGCUGGUGGGCCUGAAAAUGUUACAAGUGUCAGAGGAGCUGCUGUCUCAGCACUAUUGUCAACUGACACAGAAAGCUUUCUACCCCAGUCUGGUGCAGUACAUGACCUCUGCUCCUGUGGUUGUCAUGGUAUGGGAAGGUCACAAUGUGGUGCAGGCAUCACGUGUGAUGGUGGGACCCACCAAUCCUUCUACUGCCCAAGCAGGAACAGUCAGGGGAGAUUUUAGCCUUCAUGUCAGUAGGAAUGUGGUCCAUGCCAGCGAUUCCCUGGAGGGAGCUGAGAGAGAGAUUCAGCUGUGGUUUCAAGGAAAGGAGCUCCUAAAGUGGGAAUGUUGGGACCAGACUAUCACCUGUGAGGAGUGAAGAUGCUGAGCAGUGAGGAUCAGUGAUGCUACCUCUUCUCUUGCUGCUAGUUGAAAAACGGUCCUCGAACCGCGAGCCUGAAAACCCUGCUCAGUAUUAAUCCUUGCAUCAUUCAGCUCAGGAAACAAAUAAUUGUGUAAUUUAAAUGACAUGAACAACUACACUUAAACAGGUUUAACAUUCUUAUCAUGGCAAAAUGUGUAUGUUACAUAAAGGCAGUGGUGAUUGAUUGCAGCUUUCUGCAAUCACCUAUAUGUCAGAAUUAUUUUAUUUGCAUACAGUUCAGUCAAACUUGUACUCAUUCUGGGCUUGAAUGUAUUUUUUGGGCCUCUAAUGACUUAUUUGAACUGUUUGAUUGAAUGAUAACAAAAACGAAGUACACAGAAUCUAGUGUAACAUGAUACAUACAGAAAUACAGUGACAUUAGUCAUGUAAAACGUGGUGCUGAAGGUUCCAGAUUGUCUUUUAACUUGACAAGGCCAACCCCUAUUUACUGCAAUAAUGACAGUAGAAUCUAGGUCUAAAACUACAUGUUUUUUUACAGGGACCAUGCAAUGAAAGCAUUAGACGCAAGGUAAAGAGGCUCUGUACCAGAUUAUAGUCUUCUCACUAAUUUAAAUCUGUAGUCCAUGUAGCAGGCAAAAUAAUUUACACUUUAGAAACACACAUACUUAAAGGGAAAGUGCACUUUUUUUGGAAUUUUGCCUCUCGUUCACAAUCAUGAGACACAAGAAGACAAAAAGGUUGGGGUUAUUUUCGACUUUCUAACAUAAAAAUUGGCUUGUUUUAGGUGUCUAGCAAUGCAGCUAAUAUGAGCAAUCAAUUCCACCUCUAAAUCACUUUACAAAUGCAUUCAAAAACCGUCAACAGUACUUCAUUUAUGUUCCGUAACCCAUGUAAUAACCAAGCUGUAGCGAUAUUGUUAUUGUAAGAGCGAACACUGAGGAACUUUUUUUCUAUCGUAGUGCUUUGUUUGGUAUUAGCCAUAAAAGCUAGCUACGGCAAGAGAUAAGCUGGCUUCUACAAGAACAUGAAAUACUUCUGGGUUUGUAAUGCACAACAGUGCAAUAAGACACUAAUUUGUAGUGACGGGAAAAAAAUGAACAAUCAUAUUAUAGUAUCUGUAAAGUAUUAGCCCACAUUUCUGUAUGUACUGUAGUUGUAAUGACACACAUGGCGUGCUACAUGUAUCAUGAUGGAUAUUUAUAAUUGGUGUGGUCCAGCUGGCCGGGGACGUUUCCUGUUGAUUUGGGGUAAGCAAUCCAUUUAUGUCGAAAUAGCUUGGCUACAAGUUCAAAAUAGCGUCAAAAUCGCUUUCAUCUCCCUCUCCCGGCUGCUCCAAUGUCUCACUCUUCCUUUGUGCUGGCUUCUAAAAGCAGCAGUAUAUUUAGCUUCAAAAGUACAAGGUUGUGAAUCCUCAUAUGUACAAAAAUAGUCAUCUUUGUUGUCUGUUACCAAGUCUGCCAUGAUUAGAAAACACUCGUGUUUGAUUCCGGAAGUAGGAACACAAGUUGUUGCCAGAAAUCAGACAUGCGCUGCUAUGGGAACUGACAUCAAUGCGUGGAAUAAAUCAGUCCCGGAAAUGAUUAAAAUGAUCAAAAUACGAUACAUAUUACCGUACAUAUUGUUAUGAAUGUUUUAGUUACUACAUAUAUACUUGCACUGUGUAUAUAAAAUGUUGAUGAGGGUUUUGAAGUUGUUUUAGAGGGCUUUGAAGGCUACAACGGUGACUCCCAUUACCUGCCUCUUUCAAGCGUUUUUUUCUCAUCUUUAAAAUCAUAAAAAAAAAAGACAUGCGUGUUCUUGUCUCUUAUAAUGAUUGUGAAGGGUAGGCAAAAUUCCCAAAAAAGUGCAGUUCCACUUUAAAGCGCAGACUAUAAAACACAAAAAAGAAACAUGAAUGCUGACACACUUGGUUUCUUCUUGUCCAGGACUUCAGGGCUUGUUUGUACAAGGAUUGUAGUGGUUUCAAAGUUGUGUUUUUUGCUAAUGACCAGCAUGAUAUGGAGUAAUAAAAUGCGAUACCAUGACAUUCAAAAUAAGUUAAGACGCCUGGGGAGUGAAUGAGAAUGUGCAGUGUUGUAUUGUAUUUCAGGGUGCAACUCAUCUGUUUUGUGUUUUUUUUAAGUUAAGUGUGGGAUCUAAUGUAACACCAAGAUACUUAAACUCUGUGACAUUAUCAA